AACAGAGGAAGUCAAUGGACCACAAUACCAAAAACAUUUUUAGAUGACAUUGUCACAACUCAUUGACAGACAGUUGGUCUCAUGGGGUCCAUUUGGAUUUUUCUUUGGCUCAUAACAGGUGCAGAAUGUGACUAUGGUGGCUCAGCGAACCAUUCAUUAUCUCUUAAGACUGAAGGAUCUGUCACUAUCCCAUGUCAUUAUGAGAUGAAAUACACACAGCGGAGGAAAUACUGGUACUCAGAUAUUGAUCGAUCUUGUACUUACACAAACACAACAAUGAGAAAUCUGUCAGUAAUUGAUUAUCCUGAUCAGAGUCUCUUUACUGUGACUAUGAGAGAUCUGAAGUGGACACAUUCUGGACCUUAUUAUUGUGCUGUAGAGACUGAUGGACAACCAGCAAUAUUUUUCCUUUCUUAUUAUCUCGAUAUAAAACCUGUUCCUGAUCUCUCUGUGGUGAGCAGCAGUAUAACUGGACAGGAAGGUGGUAAUAUCAGUGUCCAGUGUCUCUACAGUUCUGGAAAUAAGAGUAAAGACAAACAGUGGUGCAGAUAUAAAGAUCAGAUCUGUUACACAUCCCAGAAUUCAUCAGUCCAGAUCAGUGAUGAUGGGAGAGAAUCCUUCAGUGUGGUGAUGACUGGACUGACAGAGAGUGAUUCUGGCUGGUACUGGUGUUCUGUAGGAGAUCGACAGGUUCCUGUUCAACUCACUGUUAUUAAGGGAAAACCAGGGAAAAAACCUCAGUAUUUAUCGAUAUCAAGAUUUUAUUGCUACAUAAGAAAAGCAGCCAAAAUGUUUCUACUUUUAUUGUAACUGUAACCACUUUUUAUUUUAUUUUUAUUUUUCAGUGGAACAAGAAAUUUGGAGAAUAAUAAUUACACCCACAGGCAGUGAAGAGCGGUUAAAAUAUUGCAAACGUGUCUUCGUUAAAAAAAAUAAGUUUUCAAAUGUCUCCUUUUCCCCCACAGGAAUAAUAAAAUUCAGUCUGUGCGGCUUUCAACUUCAGCAGCAGUUUUACUAAAAUAAAAACCAAACCAGAGAGAGGAAUAGCACCAAGACCACUGACAAAACGUUUUCUAGUUUUUGUUAUCACGCAGACAGAGGAGGACCCGACAUGUUUACAGUUACACAAAUGAUGGGUGUAUAAUGAUAUGCAGAUGGCCACCUGCUUUUCUCCACUCUAUUUUGUUGCAAGAGCUUACUGACAAGAUUCCACACUUUCUUCAGCCUUUGACUUCAGCAAGCUUACGUGAGGCAUGGGUUACCAAGUACUGAAGCGGGUCGAGGCGAAACAAAAUGCAACAAUGGAUUUUUUGUUAGGAUACAUCCAGAGCAGAGUAUGUGCGCUUCCAAGGUCCAGGUGAGCAGAAGGACUGGCAAGAUGGUCCAACGAAAGAAUGAGUCCCUCAAUCCACAUGUGGCAUUGUUCAUCAGGGACUUCACUGAGUAUGACUGGC